UCAAUUUUCAUGGCAUACUUCAUGGAGAUCCCUCCACCGACUCCACGCCCAGAACUGGCAGAAGUAGAUCUAGAGCUAGAAGUAGAAGUAGAAGGCGAAGCAGCAGCAUCAUCAUCACCACCACCCAGGUCACCAACGACACCAGCAUCGACAUCAUCAUGGCUUCGGUUGUCCCAAAGACCCCAUCAACCUGUUUCAAGAGUUAUAAAGCCACAAGCUUUUGACUUUGGUUCGGAAAGUCCGGAAAUAUUAGUGGCUGACUUGAAGACUGAAAUAAACAUGAAAUUAAGAAAGGGUGUAUUCAAAUGUUUCAGCCGGGGCCCUACCAGAGAAAUGUUUUGUGAUUUUAUUGUCACUAUUGAGGAUCAAGAGUUUCCAUGUCACAGAUUCAUUUUAAAUGCGUGCUCUGGAUUUUUUGAAGCCAUGUUGAGGUCUGGCAUGAAAGAAACGCAAGAACUGAAAGCUAGAGUUCAUGGAAUUUCACCAAACAUUUUCAAGCUGAUACUCGAUGUGAUUUACACCGGUUCUAAUGUUUUGACUCUAGAAAACAUGAUCGAUGUGUGGAAGGGAGCACACCAGCUUCAAAUUGAGUUCCUAAUAGAAAUUUGUGAGACCUUCAUCUUAAGAAAUAUGAAUUCCGAAAACUGUUUCAUGAUCUACAAAUAUGCACAACUAUUAGAUGCAGCAAAAGUCAAUCAUCACGUCUUAAUUUAUUUGACGCGAAACUUCAUUACUGUUGUCCAAAACGAUAAAUUUUUAAAGCUUAAGUAUGAAGAGCUCCUGCAAAUCCUAAAGCAUCCACUAUUGCCAGUUUGUGCAGAUUUUCAGGUGGAAGCAAUUUUAAAAUGGUGCACACCCACUGGAAAGUAUAAUAAGGAUUAUCAUAAACGGCUGGCAAACCUGGGCAACUUGAUACAAGUCGUUAAUUUGGCCAAAGUUAGUACACAAUGUCUAUCAGCCUUGCUUACCAACAACUUUAUCCAAGGCAACCGAAGAGCUGUUGCAGCAAUAAAUUGUCAAGCUGCAAAAGUGAUUCAAAAGCCUGAUCCCCACAAUACAUUUGCUGAAGAUAACUUAAAUUUGAUAGAUCGACUUGAUGAACCAAAUUGUUUUUAUACACUCGGACUUAUUUGCCAACAUUGCAUGAAAAAACAACAUAAUUUGACCAUGGGCAUGCCAAAGUUCAUGAAUACAUCCAUGGUUUCUUGACAAUACUCUCAAGUUAUUUAAAUAUCAUUAUCUCUUUUUUUUGGUCACAAGAAGAUUAGCUUGUUAACCUGAUGAAAUGAUGCUUAUUUAUAUUUUUUAUAUACAUAUAUAUAUAUAUUAUAUCUAUUGUUUAAUUAUUGAAAUGUAAAAACAAUUUAUUGUUUUAACUAUAAAAACAAUUAUUGUUUGACAAUAAAGCUAACUUUUCUCUGCUACUAUCAUAAUUAAUUUGCUAAGGUUUGAGAGUUUUAAAGCAUCUAUACAUUGCAUAUAUUGAAAUGAUAGAUGGUCUUCGGUACAUCUCCUCUGGCUGGAUCAGGUUUUGAAGUAAUUACUGUAACAUAAUUGUUUUAACACGGGUGUGGAUGUAUUUUAAACACAACUUGUAAUGUGUUUAAUAUAUUCUUAUCUGUCUGUUUAAAUGUUAAAUUACCUACUUUUUUUCUAUGACAGCCUUUUAUUAUCCCUGCUGGAAAAUGUGGGCCAUCCAUCGGUGUGUAACCUACUUUAGUUUUUCUGUUGAAAAUUUUUGAUCGGCUUGAGGUUCUAACACUGCGUUUGUAGCUACCAAGGAACUUUUAACCCUUACCAGUCUUUUUUAUUUUUUGAGGAGUUUGCAGCCAGGUCUGAAUUAAAUUCUAGCUGAUUCAUAGUAUUUUACAAGAAAGUAGAAAAAUAAAAUAAAACAGACAUCCAGUUGUUGUUUUUUUUAAUAUUUUAUUUAUAACAACGAAAAAUGUUCCAAACAUGAUGUCUGAAUGUUUAGUUUUGAAAACUUAUUUGUGGAUGGUACUUUUUGAAGCACUCCAGGGUGAUGUAACUGACCAACUGAGAGUAAGUUUCACAAUAGAAUACUGUCUUACACCCACUGCCUGGUGUUUUUCUGUUACUGCAAACAAUGUAGUCUUUAGUCUUUCUGUUUGGAAAGUUAGCUAUGAAAUAUUGGAAUUUUUUUAGUCUCUGGUUAGGAAUCAGGAAGUGGAACAAAAAGUUUGAUAUUUAACUUAAAUCCGAGCCAAAGUAUUAUGGCCCACUGGGUGGGACAUUCGACCAGAACAGGGGAAAAAAAAAUGUCCCACUGGGUGGGACAUUCGACCGGAAAGGGUUAACAUCUGAUUUUUGUUAUCACAUAGGCUAGAGGAUAAACACUAGAGUGGAGGACUGGGCAGUGUUCUGUUCCCUCAGACUCUAGGCAAUGUUGAGAGUAGGGACCACAUUGAGAGGGAUUGGGUUAAAAAUAAAAAGGAAACUUUUCCUUAAGGCCUCGCCUCUCCCCCGCCCCCUCCCCUUUUCACUGUUAUGAUCAAUUUUAUUUUAAAAAAGAAAACAUGUGCACAAUCUCUAGAACAACUUGUCAGCAUACAUUUUACGAUGCUUUUACAAAUGUGGCCAGGGUUUUCACUCUUGGUUUGCAUUGUUUACAGCUAUUAUGAAUUAUUUUGCAAUACAAUUUUAUUUUACUUCUAACUUUUAGUUCUGGUGCUCAGAAUGCACACAGACAUUAAAAAUUUGCUGUAUAUUGAUUGUACAAGAUGAUUGGUAGAAUUUCUUUUCAAUCUUAUUUAUUGUUCUUCUGUGUAAUGGUACUGCUCGGUUAUAAAAUCAGUGUCUUUCAAGAUAAUAAAGAUAAGUUUAUUAAUCAUUGGCAACUGGUCAUGUGGUAUCACAGAGUCUCGGCUUGCAUUAUUUACAGUUUUUUUUAAUAAUGCAUUAUGCAAUAUGAUUUUAUUAUACUUGCAGUUCUGGUGCUCAGAAUGCAUGUUAACAUUUAAAAUUUGACGUCUUUGAAUGUACAAGAUGAUAAUAUACAUUUGUCUUUCACUACAAUGAAGAGUAUUAAAAGGGGCAACUGGUCAUGUGGGACUGCCUCUGUUUAAGUUAUUGUUUUAAGAGUAUUUCUUUUUAUUACAUAUGUGAAGACUUACUGCUUAUGAUAUUUCAUGUAUAAAGAUUGACUGCUAAAAGGGGUGAAUGUAUAGACCUUUAUUUAGGAAAGCCUGCUGUCACUUGGCCUAUAUCUGGGGAAAAUGAACAAGUUUUUUUUUUUUGAUCUGUCUGAUGGAAGAGCAUGUUUUAUCUAUGCCGUCAGGUUGAGCCUAAUCAAAUAUGUGUACAUUGCCUUCAACAUUAUUAUGUAUCUGAUGAACCAUGCUUGUUUUUAUGCUCCACCAGGGCUUACUAUAGAAUCUAUUUUGUAUUUUUCUAUGCAUAUUUUUUAAGACCUGUUUUGUAUUGUGUAUAUGUUAAUUAUAUCUAAUCCAACAAGGACAGUUUUUCCCUCGCCACAUAUUCUCUUCUUUCAAUGUCCACUGUACAGAUAUACAGAAGAAUGAAAAAAAAAAAUGAUAUUGAUUUUCGUUCAUAACCUCUAAAUGAUGCCAAUAUAUUUUUUUUUUUUAAGCACAGAACAUACCUCUUCUGUUACUGUCAGAGGCAUCAUGUCAGUUUUCAUAGAAGAAAUACUACAUGAGGGGAAACUGAAGGGGGAGUUACAAUUUUAUGUAUAUAUCUUGGGGGGGGGGGGGG